AUGAAAGAAAAGCGGAGUAAAUCACACAAAAAGCAUAAAAGAACCAAAAAGGAGUCAAGUGAUUCCAGUUCUUCAAGUUCUGACGAAUGGGUAGAAAAACCUACAAAAAAGGACUCCAGCCAUGACAAUUGGAUGUCUAUGAGUGGACUAAUAAAAACAUACACUAAAGAUGACAUAAAACCUAAACGUAGUGAAACAAAAAAUCAAAUUGAUUCAUACAACCCAUCAACAAGUAGUAGAGAGCUAAAUCCAUAUUGGAAAGAAGGAGGUACAGGAUUACCUCAGACUCCUGAACAAUUUCAGAGAUCAAAGCCUUUUAUAAGACCUGGAAAUGAUGAUGGUUUCUUUUCAAGAAAAGACAGGAGUGAAUCUAAGACUUAUAAAGAAUCUAGUGGCAGUUACAUAAAAAAUGAUUACAGAAGAUCUAACAAUUGGCGUAAAGGUGGAGAAAAGCAUGAAACACAAGAGGCAGAAGAGCGCAAACCUCACUAUAAAGAAAAGUGUGAAGAAACCUCUACGAGUAAUGCAGAGUCUAAAGAUAAAACAGAGUCUAGUAAAACACCUUAUCUUAGUGAUGAACAAAUGAAUAAAUUGGGAGCAAAAAUUGUUAAAGCAGAAAUUAUGGGUGAUAAUCAACUUGUUGCCAAGUUGAAAUCCAAAUUAGAAGCGGCCCGAGACUAUAGGAAAAAUAAUCCCAGUGCUGGGGUGGAAGAGGAUGAUUCAAUUUUGCUUAUAUCUACAAAUAGCAGUGGCAGCAGUCGUCCCUUAGUUAAAAAGCCCCAUGUUGGCGAUCCUAAAAGCAAAGGUGGUAAGAGAAAAGCACAGACUCAUGAUGCAGCUGGAAGAUGCAAGUAUUUUGGCAAUGAUGAUAAAUAUAAUCUAGCAGAGAUGUUCCAACAAGAGAAAUAUGGUUCAAAUUACGAUGCAGAUGCAGAACUAGCUAGAAUAUCAAGUAAAAGCAAAAAUCCAAAUGACGACUUGGAAGACAUUUUCACGGAUGAGAUUUCUAAGAGUAGAAGUGAUGCCAAAGACAGUGAAAGAGAGAAACAGCAAUCUAUAAACCAGAGCAUAAAGUUGAAUAAGUCACUAGAUGGGUGUGAAUUUUGCUUUGACUCAAAGAAUAUGGUUAAACAUUGUGUUAUAAGUUGCGGUGAUAAGGUAUACAUGGCAGUGCCAACAAGAAAAUCUCUUGUGAAAGGGCAUUGUAUGUUAACUACUAUUCAACAUGCCACCUGUGUCACUGCAUUAGAUGAAGAUGUAUGGGAAGAAAUGAUGAAUUAUAGAAAGUUAAUAACACAGUUUUUCGACUCACAAAACAAAGAUGUUGUUUUCUAUGAAACAGCAACUAAACUGCACAGAUAUCCACAUUUUGUGAUAAACUGUGUCCCACUGCCCCGGGACGUAGGUGACAUGGCAUCUAUUUACUUCAAAAAGGCUUUGCUUGAGUGUGAAGCUGAGUGGUCCAUGAAUAAAAAAGUAGUUGACCUAAAAGGAAAGAAUAUUCGCAAAGGCAUACCGAAAGGGUUGCCCUACUUUUGGGUUGAUUUUGGUAUGGAUCCUGGUUUUGCACAUGUAAUAGAAGAUCAACAAUUGUUUCCAAGGACAUUUGGAGAGGAAAUCAUAGCUGGAAUGUUGGACUUAGACCAUUCCACAUGGAAAAAUGUUCAAAGAGAAUAUGGAGAAGUUCAGAGGAAGAAAGUUAUGGAGUUUAUAAGUGAUUGGAAGCCCUUUGAAAGGAGUGUAAGAAGUGAAUAG